GACGUCUGAGAGCAACUGCGUUGAUUCCCCGCCUAGAAGCUUCAGUGGAUCGGAGCGCGCAACUCGGGCGCCAAUUCUCUGUUCUGACCUAUUGAAGGGGAGCUUUUUGGUCUCAGCCUGUCCAGGAACCAUCGAGAAAGAGCCGGAUCCAGAAUGAAGAUGGGUCUACUUUGGGGCUUGGUAGCAGCAGCUUUCUUGCUGGGGGGCAGUCCUGGUUCUUCUUGGCACUCCCUGCGCUAUUUCUACACAAUGAUCUGGGCGCCUGACCAGGGUGAGCCGGAUUUCAUCGCGGUGGGCUACCUUGAUGACCAGCUUGGCGGUCAGUACAACAGCACCACAAGGAGGGCCGUGCCUCGUGUCCCCUGGGUAAGGAAGGUGGAGAAGGACGACCCUCACUUCUGGGACUGGAACACCGACAGAGCCAUCUAUUUUGAGUGGCGAAUGAAGACAUACCUGAGGAAAUUGCGGAGUAUCUACAAUCAUAGCAGAGGGCUACACAUCUGGCAGCACAUGUUUGGCUGUGAACUGAACAAGGAUGGGAGCAAAAAAGGUUUCAUGCAGUACGGCUAUAAUGGGGAGGACUACAUCAACUUUGACAAGGAGACCCUCACCUGGACAGCAGCCGUUGUGCCCGCUCAGGUGACCAAGAGGCAGUGGGAUGCUGACCUAGCAGAUUGCCAUAGGUUCAAGGCCUACCUGGAGGGGGAAUGCAUUGGUUGGCUGCAGAAGUUCCUGGAAUACGGGAAGGAGUCUCUGCUGAGAAGAG